CACGACACCCAGAUCCAACUGCGGGAAGAUGGCAAAGCCCUCCGCCGACUGCCUCGAUGAUGGACAGAACAGCUCUCUGGAGCCGUUGCUGUCACCGCACCGUGAAAUCAAUGAUAAGGUGGAUGCAGCCGGGAAUUCUCCGCGUCGACUACGACGCUGGACGUGGAAACACACUGCAGUGUUGGGUAUCGGAGGGAUUGCAACUGCCCUUGUCGUGUUGGCCUUCAGUAUUCGACCUCUCGCCCUGCGUGCCAUCGACACCACAAAAAUGGAUAUUCAACGCAUGCAGCUGCAGUUCCCACGCAAUGACUCAGUCCAGCUGACGACACAACUCGCGAUCACAUCCGACAGUCCGUUUGGAGUCACUAUGCACCCCGCUCAAUUGGCAAUUCAGUUCGAAAACGCCACGGUGGGCAUCUUUUACACGCCUGCGAUGGACAUUUCCAAAGGCACCAACGUGCAUACGAUCGCCAACGCAACAUUGACGGUCACCAAUUUCCAAGCGUGGACGAAAUUUGCCGGCGCCAUGGUCCACUCGACAAACAUGACUUGGACAUUGUCUGGCGAAAUCGACAUUAGCCUGCACCUGUUGUCGAUCCCAAUCUCCAACUUGCCAUUCACCAAAACGAUGGGUCUCGGUGGAAUGGAUGGUUUGCGCUCGCUUACUGUGUCCAAGAUGGACCUCUCCAAGUCCACAGAGACACAGGUCCUGGCAGCCAUCGACACGUGCUUGCACAACCCGUCUGCUGUAGCACUGACCCCCGUCGGAUCGCUUUGCUUCGAUGUGUUUUACCGUCACCCGAUCACAAACGUCUCGACCUUUGUGGGCAUCUUGACGUCGAUCAAUUCGUCGCUGCCGGUCUCGAGCACCGACGCAUCCGAUGCCAAAUGCACAGCGUAUGGCGCCACAGGCAUGAACAGCAUGACGUUGAGUGGCCAUAUUGUGUCGAGUGACCCAGAAGCGACCAGCGCCCUGAUUUCCCAAUACUUGAGUGGGAACGCAACCCACGUGCAAGUUGGUGGCUGCUCGCCGUCUGCGUCGUCGAUAUCGCUCUACAAUGCAGCGCUCCGAUCACUGCGCUUGAAUUCCACGCUGCCGCCAAACCCCCUACCUUUGAUUCAAGACUUGGCAUUUGCAUCGAUGGACGUCGUGCCUCAAACCGAUACAAUCGUGGGCAUGCACACCGUGGUCAAGGCGACAACGCACAGUCCACUAGGAAACCAUUCGCCGCUCACGCUCUCGUCGAUGACGAUGGCGGUCGAGCUGCUGAGCGGUGACGAGGAGAGGUUGGGGACGUUUGUGACGCAUCGAGUCGACGUGACAGGCAACGUGAGUGGCACGACCAACCUGACGUUGGCAUGCAAUGCGUCGUUGCACCUGUUCGAGAACGGCAUGCCGUUUGGGCGGUUUGUGCGCUCGCUCGUCCAGCUUCGCCAGACACCAAUUUGGGUGCGCGGGUCGUUCAACGUUAUCGCAACGGGGGCGUUGGGCACGCUGAGGUUGACGAAUGUGCCGGUGCACGUGCUGAGCUUGGUGGGCGGCAUGGCUGGCUUGUCCAACGUGUCGAUUGUCAACUUUUCAUUGCCGGGGCCGCAUUCGUCCGAGGGCCAGCAAGUGACUGCCGUCUCCGACAUUUGGAACCCGUCUGCGAUUGCGAUGGACGUGGGCGACGUGCAACUUCGGCUUGCCGUCUCCACCAAGAGUGUGCUUGGUUUUGUCGCCACACACAUGACGCUGGAGCCACAGUCGACCUCGCGAGUCCACCUCGACGGGCACUUGAACCCGGCCGUUGAUGACCACGGAGACCUUCACCCCGAUGUGAAUGCGUUCUUUUCCCGGUAUAUUUCGAAUGAACCGUCGCUGCUCGAAAUUGCCAUUACGAGCAUCAACACGACGAUUCCGUGGGUCCAACAAAGCCUGGCGCGCACCCAAGUGCAAACGGUGUUUCCCGGAGUUGCUGUCGACUUGAUUUCCCACCUGGCCAUGCCUGAGAUGCACAUUCAUUUCAACGCCACAGCCAUGAUCAUGCACGCGCGGAUGCAGGCACGGGUGGCGUUGCCGUCAGCGCUCGCACAUCUCCCCAUCAACAUCACGCACUUGGAGCUGUCGAGUCAGUUGGUCAGCAACCACAACGUGUUGAGCCACGUGGUGAUUCCGUUCCAAGCGGUCGAGUACUCGCCGACGGGCUUUGGCACGGGGUCUGUCGCGUUCGAAUCGGACAUUUCGCUGCAUGCCAUCGACGUGGCGGCGAUGGCGCAGUUUGUGAGCCGCCUCAUGUUUGCCUCGGGGACUGUGCCGUUAACAAUUGAAAGCAGCCGUGGACCACCUGCAAAUGACGCUCAGCUGGACAAGAUGCGCCACGCAAUGGAACGAGCGGACGGCGUGUCACCGGUCGUGAAAACUCCCAUGGGACGUUUGGCCUUGUCCAACUUGCCUGUGAAUGCGACGCUCAUGUUGGUGGGCAUGGACGGCUUGCAACUCGACGGGGUGAAUGUCACGUCUGUGGAUAUUGUGUCUGGAACAAGCGACUCGCUGGUGCUGUCGAUGGCUCUCACCUUGUGGAAUCCAUCUCAAGUGACCGCCAUCUUGGACUCGUUAUCGGUGCAAGUGUGGUUGAACGAAUCGCUUCUCGGUGAGGCAGCACUGGCAAACGUGUCGCUGGCAUGCUGCCACGUCAUGAGCGCACUGACUGGGUUGUUUUCGUUCCAUCCGACCAACAUGACGGCUGGACGGGCGUUUUUGUCGCGCUUUGUGUCAGGCAAGGCGGCCCAGGAGGUGCAUAUCCGGGGCUCGAACGAGAGCAAUCCGAACCCAUUUCUCCGAGUGGCACUCCCAAAGCUCCAGCUCACGUCUGCAGUCCCGUCGUUGUCGCAGUUCUUCCCGCACAUGCCAACCCUCGUGUCGCUCUCCAAGAUGUACAAGCCGUCGAUUUGGGACCUGUUCACGGUCGCGACCGCAUUGAAAGUGCGCAACCCCUUUGGCCACGCCAUCAAUGUGACGGCGACGAAUCUGCAGCUCUUUCCGUGUGCUACCCAGCACAAGGACGCGUCUGGGCGGCUGAUCUGCUCCAAGUACUACGACGUCCCGCUUGCUCGAUUCAACCCGAAAGAAUUUAUCGCGAUGGUGAUUCCAGCCGCCACGACUCCCGAAGGAUGCUUUACCUGCUGCCAAGGAGCAAAAUGCUGGGAGGCGAUGCCGCUGUGCCCUGGUGCGACGGUCGGAUCGUGCAUGAAAGCCAAGGUCGACAUGUCCCUGUGGAGUUUCGAGAUGAUCAAGACGUUGUAUGCUACCAUGACGACGGGUCUCUUGAUGCAUGUAGAAGGCACCCUCACUGCGAUGAUUGACGCAUACCCGAUGGAACUUGACUACGUCCAGGAUGAAUUGCUCGUGGUUAUGGCAUAAAGACGACUUUUUGUUGUAUGGAACGUGUUUGUACAUGACGUGGAUUCGCUUACGAGCUGCCUCGGACAGUGUCCGCUUGAGGCUGCUGCUUGACUGGAGUCGUCGCAGGUGUGGAUGUAGCAGACGACGAAGCGUCGACCUUCGAGUCCACGUCCACCGACUUGCCGUCGUCGCC